AAAAAAAAAAAAUAAUAAUAAUAAUAAAAGAAAAAAGAAAAAGUAAAAGAAAGUGAAAUAAAUAGAAAGAAAGCUGAUUAAACAAUAAACAUUGUUGUGAUUGCAACUAUAUAUCCGGCGGACGUACAUUUUCUAUUUAAUUUUCUUUACUUGUGUUUUGUCAAUUGUUGAUGGCUGCUACGAAAAUUAUUGAUGCGCCGCGCAAUGGCCACGAAAUGGCGCCAUUAAAUACACGUGCCCGCGGCGAUGGUACUCAUGGAGUUACAAUUGUAUUAACGGCACCGCAACGUAAUUCAGUUAGUUCCGUUGAGAUACCCGGCGAUCCGGAACGCGCAGCAUGGUCAGGCAAAAUGCAAUUUUUCCUCAGUAUUAUCGGUUAUUCAGUAGGUCUUGGUAACAUAUGGCGUUUUCCCUAUUUGUGCCAACAAAAUGGUGGUGGUGCAUUUUUGAUACCAUUUAUGGUGAUGUUAAUAUUGGAAGGCAUACCAUUGUUUCUAAUUGAGUUGGGUAUUGGACAACGCAUGCGCCUGGGUGCGCUGGGCGUAUGGAAUACAAUACAUCCCUGGCUGGGUGGUAUUGGGAUUUCAUCAUGUAUAGUGACGUUAUUUGUAGCAUUAUAUUAUAAUGUGAUUAUUACAUGGGUUUUUUAUUAUUUAUUCAAUAGCUUUCGGUAUCCACUACCGUGGGGAUCGUGUCCCACGAACGGGAAUGGGAGUGUGGUGGAAGAGUGUGCACGUUCUUCAGAAACUGCAUAUUUUUGGUAUCGCACUACGCUGGACGCGGCGCCGUCUAUGGAAGAGCCUGGCGGCUUAAAAUGGUGGAUAGUUUUAUGUUUAUUGCUUUCGUGGACGAUUGUUUUCUUUAUUGUCAUGAAAGGCAUACAAAGUUCCGGUAAAGUGGUCUAUUUCACUUCUCUGUUCCCAUACGUAGUAUUGACGAUAUUUUUUGUGCGCGGCAUAACGCUGCGAGGAGCCAGUGCUGGCCUAAUGCAUAUGUAUACACCGAAAGUGGAGAAAUUGAGUGAUCCGACCGUGUGGCUAGAUGCAGCUACGCAGGUAUUUUACUCGUUUGGUUUAGCAUUCGGUUCAUUGAUCGCUUUCGGCAGCUAUAAUACACCAAAAAAUAAUUGCGUACGUGAUGUUCUACUAGUUUCGGUGUGCAACGCGAUCACCGCAAUCUAUGCUAGUGUGGUAAUCUUUGCUAUACUCGGUUUUAAAGCGACCGUUAAUGUGGAUCGUUGCAUUGAUCUCAAUAAAGACAUUUUAGUUAAGCAUUCAUUUUUGCCUUACAAAAAUGUCACAAUGGAAAAAUAUGAAGAAGUAAUGGCCGGCAUAAAUGCAACCGAAUCGAAACUGCUCGAAUUGGAGGAGUGCAGCUUAUCAACGCAAUUAGAUAAUGCGGCUGAAGGUACCGGUUUAGCUUUUAUAGUUUUUACUCAAGCUAUUGUGGAACUUCCUGGUGCUCCAUUCUGGGCGGUGCUGUUCUUUACUAUGCUAUUAUCAUUGGGUUUGGGCUCACAGAUUGGCAUACUCGAGGGCAUGCUGUGCACACUGUUUGACAUCGACAUUAUUAAGCGGGUUAAGAAACAACAUGUGACUGGAGUGGUGUGUCUUUUCUGCUUCAUUGUCGGUUUCAUCUUCUGUACAGGUGCUGGCGAGUAUUGGCUCAAGAUGUUUGAUUCAUUUGCCGGUACCAUUGGGCUGGUUGUGGUGGCACUCAUGGAAAUGAUAUCGGUUGUCUAUAUAUACGGGCAUGAGAGGUUUACCGAGGACAUCUAUCAAAUGACUGGCUAUCGCCCUGGCUUGUAUUGGCAAUUAACUUGGCGUUAUAUUGGUCCAGCGAUUAUGGCUUGUAUAUUGGUAUCAUCCGUUGUCUUUAUGAUUAUUAAGAAUCCCACUUAUGGUGCCUGGAAUGCAGAACUGGGUCUUGUUGAACAAACCAAUUACCCAUCGUGGGUUAUGGUCAUUGCUUUAUGUAUGAUAUUAGCUGGUGUCUUACCAAUGCCAAUAGUGUUCCUAAUGCGCAGCUUCCAGUGUCUCAAAGUCGAUUUGGAUAUACAUCAAGGUUCAAUACGUCGCAACGAAACCACAGCAUCUACUAAAGAAAUGAUUGAUAACGAUGAUGAGGAUGAUGAAAAUGAUUUUAGCGGUCCAGCGUUGGGUGGACAUGUUAAAACUCAUAGCGAUGCAUCGGAUGAUGACGAUGACGAUGACAAACCGGUAACAAUGCGUCCAACGAUGUUGAUGCGCGUUACAGGCACUCAUCUGGACGUGCCAAAGCUAAAAAAACCAUUUCGCAUGGAAGUCUACGAUUUGUAGAUAAACAGCAAUAGUUUCGAACUAAGACACAUAUACAACCAUUACUGCAACUACGAAAAUAUAGAAAAGAAAAUUGUGUUAAGAUGACAAUUAUUUAUAAUAUUGUUUAAAUGAUUUUAAGUAAAAAA